CUUUUCCCCGUGGGAGCUAAGGGCUCUCCUCUUUUUUUUUCUUUUGCAGCUGAGAUCUCUCAGCAUUUCUGCACGCAGGCCUCUGCUUGCAGCUCCCAGGGAGCCUGGAGCCAGAGGGAAUGGGCCAUGGGAGCCUCGGACCUCCUCAGGGGGUGGUGACAUUCAAGGACGUGGCUGUGGACUUCACCCAGGAGGAGUGGGAGCUCUUGGACCCUUCUCAGAAGGAGUUGUACAAGGGGGUCAUGAUGGAGAACGCCUGGAACCUGCUCUCCCUGGGGCUUCCAGUUCCCAGAGAAGUGACCUCUUAUUUUGAGCAAAUUGAAGCACUGUGGAUGCUGGACCAAGAAGGCUUGCAGAGAUGCUCUCCAGAAAAUGUGUGUCCUUCCAUGAUGAUUUCAUGAGGGCCUCCCCUGCCCUGCCUCCUGACCAUGGUUUUCAAGUGGCCUACCAGCACUGCUGCAAGAAUGCAGACUCAGGUCAUAUCUUGCUCAGGCAAUUAGAGAUUGGAUGAGAUGGGGUUGCCAGGUAACCCAGGAGGGAGAGAACUAUUCUGGUCCAGGGAGAGACAGCCCGGGAGGGUCUUUGCAGGCCUGUGGCCAUUUGAACAUGAGUGUCUUACUUUCCUGGAAUGCUGGGAACACUCUGAUGUCACGUUGAGAAAUCAGAAGAAUCUAUUGCACUUAGAAGCAGCCAGAGUUUGAUGGACUCAGUGCACAGUCCUCCACAGCAGUGUAUUGAUGAUCAUGAUAGACUGAAGUCACUGCAGAAAGACUUAUAAAGGUGGAAAUGUGCCCAUCUGUGUGGUCCCAGAGCACAGCUGCCUUUAUAACCAAAUCAGACAUUUAGUCACCACUUAAGGUGCCACUAAAACAUUUUUGUGUCAGAUACUUUGGAUCUUUAUCUCAAUUGUUCAAGGGUUUAGUGAGCUUCUAAAAGGGAAAGAUUGCAAUAUUGCAGCCUGCACUAUCCUUCCAUAUCUCAGGAUGGUGAACUCAAUUUUCUGUUUGAGACAUUUUUAGAUAUGGAUAAUUUCAUGCAUUUUUAAAAAAUUGUGGAUCUUAGGAUCUGCAGAGGGCAUAAUGAUAAUUUUUAAAAAGAAAUGAGUAAUAGCUAUUGCGAAAAAAACUAAUGAGUCAAAACAAAAUCACUUCUUCCUCAGGUAAAUACAAAAACAACUGUGUUAGCCUGCUGACUAUGAUCUCAGAUAAUGUAAUAGAAAAAAAUAGAAUUGGAAGUGAUCAGCAUGGAAAUUUGUUAUGGUUACAAGCAAGAUAGAUCACGAAAUAAUUUGAGUAUUUCCUAUAUAUGCACCAAAUGACAAGUCUAUGAAAACAAACGAAAGUGCACAUAAUGGAAGGGAAAGAGAAAAACUGAGAUUGGAGAUAAUUUGUCACAUACCAUAGGCAGAGUGUACCCAUUCACAGGAUAUAAAUUCUAGUCUCAGUGAUGGGGAUUUUUAGCCAUUCUGAACUGAGGACCUGAGUUGUCCACCUUAGGGGAAUGAAGGUACUUUCUUUGUUGUCACAGAUUUAUGAGGUUCUAUUGUAAUUGUGCAUGAAGUCCUUAGAAAUUAAAUUCUGUUUGAGAUGUGAACUAGUGGGACUUAAAAUGACUGGUUCUGUCCAUUUAAGAUUUUUCUCUUUGCGUAGAAAAAGAGAAAAUAAAUUACUUUCUCUUCUGCUGAUGGAGGAAAGGGAAUAUAAGUGUGUCGCUAUAUUUGUUUUAUUGUUUGGUGUUUUCUUCUUCCCUUCCUUUCCCUUUCCUUCACUCUAUCUCUCUGUCUCUCUCUGUCUCUCCCUCCCUCUCUCCU